AGAAAGUGCGAAUGUGUUAAUAUAAAACCAACUUUACCUCAAUUCAUGGUAUUUUCAUGCUGCCAUUGUACUUAACAUGAAGAAAUUCCUUGAUCAGAAAUCAGGGUAAAAACUUUGGUACAUUGACAUGGCACUAAAAUGCCUGUAUCGUGUUUUUUUUUUUUUUUACAUGAUUGAGGUAAAGUUGGUUAUAAAUUCGCACAUUCUGACUUUCUCCUUAAUAUAAUUUCAGAAAAGUAUUAUUUGCAAAUUCUAAAUAGGGAAAUCAUAUUAGCAUCUUAAGUACAACAUCGUUCACAGUCAGUUAAAUAGUGCUAAUGUUGUUUUGAAGCCAUACUUGGAUGCUAUUUCAGACCGAAAUGUUAAUAAAUGAAAGAUGGUGCGAUUAUAAAACCAACUUUACCUCAAUUUGUGUUUGUAUGUGAUUUGCAGUCUUAGGAUUGAAUGAACAAUAAUGUAAAACUGAUGUCUGGUUUAUUAACUUUUGCAGUAAGCCUUAUUGGGUGUUUGGGUCACUAACUGUGCUAUUUUGGCUGGGAUAGCAGAGCCAAAUGAUCAUACCAUGGUAUAUCGUGGUAAAGUUAGUUUCAUAUUCGCACAUUCAGACUUUCUCCUUAAUAAUAUCAUGUCAGAAAAGUAUUAUUUGCUAAUUCUAAAUAAGGAAAUCAUAUUAGCAACUAAAGUACAACAUUGUUCACAGUCAGUUAAAUAGUGCUAAUGUUGUUUUGAAGCCAUACUUGGAUGCUAUUUCAGACCGAAAUGUUCAUAAAUAAAGCCUUAUGGGGUGUUUGGGUCACUAACUGUGCGUUCCUUUUGCUGGGAUAGCAGAACUUGAUCAUACCAUGGUAUUUUGAGGUAAAGUUGGUUUUAUAUUCACACAUUCAUUCAGUGACAACUUGUAACACGCUCCCUAUAUUGUUUACCAUAGUACUUUGAAUAUUCGAUCUGAAAUUACCUGUAAGUAUGACUUCAAAACAACAUUAGCACUAUUUAUUUGACAGUGAACACUGUUGAAUGUUGAUAGUCAUUAGCUGCUAAUAUAAUUUCACUAUUUAAAAUUGGCAAAGAAUAUUUUUGUGAAAUUAUAUUAAGGAGAAAGUGCGAAUGUGUUAAUAUAAAACCAACUUUACCUCAAUUCAUGGUAUUUUCAUGUUUGAAAUGAAGAAAUACCUUGAUCAGAAAUCAGGGUAAAAACUUUGGUACAUUGACAUGGCACUAAAAUGCCUGUACCAUGAUUUUUACAUGAACAAGGUAUAGUUGGUUUUAUAAACGCACAUUCAGACUAGGUCUGUCACAAUAAUCAAUAUAUAGAAUUAUCGUGCAAUAUUUGGAGCUGACCUCAAUCAUUUUUGCCAUUGCAAUAUAUAUUUACAAGUUCACAAAUAAACUUAAAACUAUUUAACAAUGACAUUUAUCUUCUACCUCACCGGUGUCAGUUUUUAAUUUGACAUUUACCUAACAAGACAUUUACUAGCAUAUAUAAUAGGACAUUUACCUUUUUAACAUCAAAUUAUAGAAUCUAAAAACCUUACGAAUGAUAAGUAUUAAUGGGUAUUUGCAUUAUUAUGCUGUUAUACAAUCAUUAUAUAAUCAGUGGCAAAGAAAUGAUCUCAAAAUUACAAUAAUAUCAUUUAUCGCAACAAUUUCUGUGACAAUAUAUUGCACAAGGAAAAAUCCUUAUAGUGCCAGCCUAAUUCAGACUUUGUCCUUAAUAAUAUAAUUUCAGAAAAGUACGAAAGUUGGAAAAAUUCGAAAUAGGAACAUUAUAUUGACAGCCAAUGACUAUCAAAUUACAACAUUUUUAGCGAUCAAUUAAAUGUUGCUAAUGUUGUUUUGAAGUCAUAUUAGCAUUUCAGAUUGAAUAUUCAAAAUAGCAUGGUAAACAAUAUAGGGAGCAUGUCACAAGUUGUCACUGUUCAAACAUGAACGAAUGUGUGAAUAUAAAACUAACUUUACCUCAAUGUUUACCUCAACUUUAACGCUUUUUAUAUGUCUGGGUCAAAAACGAGACAUCCCAGUUUGUGUCUGCAUCCAAAUAAAUGUACAAAGGGAUUUUAUGUUGCACAUUACAUGCACUUUUAUGAUGCACGUUAUGAUUAAAAUAGUACAUUCGUGGAAAUAAAAUCUCAAAAUAUGGGGGGAAAUAGUCAUUAUAACCAAUAUAUUUAUGUCAUUAAAACAAAACCACAUACUUAUUCUGAACUGCACUCAAGCAAAUAUACACAAGUAAAAGUGAUCAUAAUUUGCAUUAUAAUUAAAUGGGUAAAAAUUAGAGGUCCGUGUAAAAUUAUAAUAAAUUUAACGAUAUUUGACACUGAAUGACAUUUUAGUGAGUAUAAUAAAAAUUGUGCUGGAAAAAAACAAAAGAUUUAAAGUAUAUAAAUAAAGAUUAAUUAGGACACGUUCUAAUGUAUAUUUAAAAACAAAACUAGUUUAAAGCUAUGCUACACAUUUAACAAUUGUUUAUCUUUAGCACAGGCCAGGAAAGGUCAUGAGUGAUAAUAAAAUAUUUCUUAAAUGUUGAUUUAAAAACUCAGCACAUGGUUAAACUGAUUCAUUUAUAGUCUAGUCAGCCCAAACAUUUAUUUAUGGAACUUGUUUUAAGAAAGAGGAAUUUACUUGAUUUAAACCUGGUUAGAAGUGUGAAGCGGGAUCUUCCACUAAAUAUAUGACACCUCAGUCAUCGACUUCACUCUGUUUGGCUGUUUCUCUGUUUCUUUUUUUUUUUUCAGAGCAGGAAUGGAGAUGGUCUGCAUGUACUGGUGUUUUGAUUGACAGCUGGAAGCAGGCCACAUGUGAAUGGUUCACUGGAGAGCUUUGAGCAAAUGAGACGGGUGUCCUCGCCAUCAUGAAGCUGAACGAGAGAAGCGUGGCACACUACGCCACAUGCAACUCUCCUCCAGACAAGACUGGCUUCCUCUUUAAGAAAGGUGAGCGAAACACAGCGUACCAUCGCCGCUGGUGUAUUCUGAAGGGCAACAUGCUGUUCUACUUCGAUGAGCGCGAAAGUCGAGAGCCGAUUGGCGUCAUCGUCCUGGAAGGCUGUACGGUGGAGCUGUGCGAAUCUGAAUCCGAAGAGUUCGCAUUUGCCAUUAAAUUUGAAUGUGCCAAAGCAAGAGUCUAUAAAAUGGCGGCAGAAAACCAAGCUGCUAUGGAAUCAUGGGUAAAGGCUCUGUCGCGGGCCAGUUUUGAUUACAUGCGGCUGGUGGUGAAAGAGCUAGAGAGGCAGCUGGAAGAAGUACAAGAAGAAGCGCGGUCUUCACAAGCCAAAAGCAAGACCAAGAAAAACCAGACGGGACUCAGAAUUUCCUCCGCAUCUGUACAGAACGCCUCCAUUACGGGGCCCUGCCAAGAAGGCUUGUCCAAUAGAGAAAAUGGGGUUUCUUGGAGCAAACCCUCCAGUGUGGCCAAUGGCUUAAGUGAGGGUUGUGCUUGGGAUGGAGACUGUAGCAUGAGGGCCGAUGGAGUUAAGCCUCCUCCAAUUCCUCCACGGAGAAAAACAAACGGCGGGUCACUUGAGAGCCCUGUUUCGCCUGGGACAGGCUGCUUUUCUAAACUACACGACUGGUAUGGAAAAGAGGUGGCAGAACUGAGAGUGGAGUGGCUGCAGAGUCAGUGAAUGAAGGCAAAUCUCAAAAUAAACACCAAAAUAUAGGUGUAUUUUGACGUUAAAGGUCAAAUUCAUCUUUUUUUUAUUAUUAUUUUUAUUAAAGUGAUAGUUUACACCAGUGCUUAAUUUGUAAAUGAAUAAUUCCCGGAACAAAACCAGGAAAUAACCGUGACCGACGUCCACCAAACAAUUUCAGAUUUCCCGGAACAUGACGUCAUUAAGCGAUGAGAGCGAGAAAUUAAAGCAUCACAUUUCUGAACGGUCUUGAAUUAUUUUGUGCCAUAUAACGUUAUAGGUCAGUCAUGUAUAAUAUAAACGUGUAGCUAUAAACAUAAAUCGUAUGAACAAUCACUAUAGAGUUCACUUCACUAUUAUGUGUCAAUAAUUUAAUGACUCAAUCAGUCUAAUCUUCAAGAAGAGCCUAAGAGUUACCUGUUCUGUCUUGUUUUCUGGCUAACUUGAGAUCGCUUUGCUUCUGUCUCCCGCUAUCCUGAUCCAUUCGCGCAGUUUCAUCUUAAGAUCUUGUUUGAUCAGAUUCAUUAUCAGACUUACUCAUGGUUUUAAAAAAUUUAAAUAUGCUUGACUGCCUCUUUGCCAUUUUGAAAACACAGACAUUAUUUAGGCAGGCCACUAUGCCAUUAUUUAUUUCCGCUGCUCAAUGUGCGCAAAAACAAUCACAAACCAAUGAGAGUGAUUGUAAACAUAAGAAAGCCGAUUGGCUGAAAAUAUUAUUGAGGACCAAUAGUUCAACGUGACUCGCUUUUCACUUGCAUGUGUACCGUCGUGUGUGCGCACAUGCACACAGCCUUCGCCUGGAUUCAUUCACAUUCUCUGUCUCUCACUCUCUCUCACACACACACACACACACACACACACACACACACACACACACACGUGUUCAUUACGCACAAGUUAAUGCCGGAUCUAUUAAAAUAAAUACCAGAAAGCAAAACACAAAUAUCUGACAUUGUCCGGAACAGGAUCCGGCAAAAUCUGGCUCAAAUUAAGCACUGGUUUACACUAAAAUGAAAGUUUACCUACGGGUUCUAAACCUGUUUGAGUUAGGGUGCGUUUUUUAUACACAAAAAGAAGAUAUGAAAACAUGUUGGAUACUUUGUUCUCCAUGGUAGAAAAAAUACUAUGGAAGGCUAUGGAUUUCCAACAUUCUUCACAGUAUCUUCUUUUGUGUCCAACAGAUGAAACUCAAACAGGCUUGUAAACGAUGACACAACUUUAAUUUUUUUGGUGUACUUUAAAUAAGACAAGGGCAUUUUUAAAGAAUAUUUUCUUUUAUUUUGCUCAACCUCAUGUCAUUCCAAACCUGUGUAAAAAAUAGUCUAUAAUUAAGCAAAUUAUUAUUAUUAUUUUAAUUUAGUGAGCAUAAAAUCUUUUAUAUAUGAACCAAUACAAAGAAAAAGCAUGCAUUAAUUGUCUACAUAUAGUAUAUCAUUGCUAAAGAAUUUAAAAAUUGUAUGUAAAAAGAUUGCAAUUUGUUUAGGUUGAACUACUGUAAAUGUAUCAUUAAAUCAGUUUUAAAUGGAUUCAUUGGAACAGAAUUAUUAAUUAAUUAAUUAAUUGAUUGAUCCACAGAAAUUAAGUUUUGGAAAUAGGCUAAUUUUACAGCUCCCCUAGAGGUAAAUACAUGGUUGCAUGGUACGGCAGCAAAGUUCCUUGUUUAUUACACCAGAAUGAGAGUAUAUUUCCUAGCCAUAUCAGCCUAGAAAACAGUAACUUUUCAUACACAAUGUAACUACAAAAGAGUCAAGCUUUAAAUAUAAACAUUUUCAAAACGUUUUUAUUUUUUGAGUGAGAUGCUAAUGUUCUAAUCCGAUUCAAUUAUGUAUGAUAAGCUAAGCUAAAAGUGCUCCCGCCAAACCCAGAGAUUGGCCUAAUGAAUUCAAAAAUGGUAAAACUCAGCUGUUUAACUCAAGGGGAGCUAUGUAAUGAGCCUAUAUUCGAUUUAUUUAUAGCUCAUGUAAAUGUCUUUUUAAAAUAAACAUGGUAAACAAAUUUUGUUCAAUCCUAUGAUCAUCAUUCAUACAGUGACAGACACUAAAAACAAUACUUGGCUUACCAACCGCACCUUCAGAUUUUAUAUAAAACACUGUGUUUGAUACUUCCUUUUUUUUAGAAAGAUGCUAAUGGUCUAAUCCGAUUCAAUUAUAUAUGCUAAGCUAAGUUAAAAGUGCUUCCGCCAGUGUCUGAGAUUGGCUGAAUGGAUUUAAAAAUGGUCAAACUUAAGGGGAGCUAUGCAAUGUGCCUAUUUCCAAUUUAUUUAUAGCUUGUGUAAAUGCUUUUUUAAUGAUACAAAUUGUAUAUGAUCCUAUAAUCAUCAUUCAUGCAGUGAAAGACACUAAAAUGAUCCUCGGCUGGCCAACCGCAGUGCCUUCAGAUUUCAUACAAAACACUGUGUUUGAUGCUUUUUUUUUAGCAAGAUGCUAAUGGUCUAAUCCAAUUCAAUUAUGUAUGCUAAGCUAAGCUAAAAGUGCUCCUGCUAGACCCAGAGGUUAUCUUAAUAGUUAAAAAAUGGUAAAACUCAAGGGAACUAUGCAAUGAGCCUAUUUAAAAUUUACUUAUAGCUCAAGCAAAAGCCUUUUUAAUGGUAAACAAAUUGUAUGUGAUCCUAUAAUCCUCAUUCACACAGUGAAAAUUAUCCUUGGCUGGUGCAAGAUGCUAACGGUCUAAUCUGAUUCAAUGAUCUAUGCUACGCUAAGCUAAAAGUGCUUCCGCCAGAUCCUGAGAUUGGCUGAAUGGAUUAAAAAAUGGUAUAACGCAACUGUUUACCUCUAGGGGAGCUGAAUAAUGAACCUAUUUCCAAAAAAAAAGUGGAGCGUUCCUUUAAUGUGAAAAAGAUAAUUCAGGACAUUUUGCUAAACUUCUUCAUUUUUGCUCAUGGAAACAGGAACGUGAUACGGGUUUGGAACGACGUGACAAUGAGUAAAUGAUGAUGCUGUUUUCUUUUUUAGAUGAACUAUUCCUAGAACAUCUCGCACUUAGUUUUUAUGUUGAGAUUUUUUUACAAUCUCAUGCUGAAGUGGCUUGUCAUUUCUGUUUUAUUAUACUUUUUCCUUUUUUAAAUUGAAGUCUUGCGUAUGUUACAGCGAUGUGAGUUUGGUCUGGAUAAAAAAAAAGAAACGCGGUACAAUGUCUGUGCUUUUAUAAUCAAAACACGUUGAAUGUUAAAACAUUACAGUGCCAAAGCUGGUCUAUGGCCAUUAGUAAUCAUGUUCAGUGUAAUGUAGCAACAAAAUAUUGAGAAAAAGCACAAAAUGUUAGACGCAUCCAAGAAUAAUAGUUAACCAGAACAGUGAUUUCACUGCAAACUUCUUGGCGUAUUGUAUUUUAGGAGAUCUACACAAUCAAAUCUGCCAAAAACUUAAUUGCCAAAUGAUUUCUAGCUCUAGCAUAUGUAAGAUUGUCUCAGACACUUUGUAACUAGCCAGCUAAUAUAGUAUAAUCGUUGGUUGAUGGAUAAUUUUUUCUUUUAAGCAUCUCAAAUAUACUGUUAUUCAUUUUAGGCUACGCUUUGCUAACCAUAUGCUUGCCAGUAAGCAUGUCAGUGCUUUUCCUUGCCUUACAAAACUGACCAAUUAUAAUCCUCAUACUGUGACCAACAUGUAUGGCAUUUUAAAAUAUAUGUACACAUUUAUUUAUAGCUCAUGUAAAUGCUUUUUUUAAUGGUACAAGUUGUGUGUGAUCCUAUAAUCAUCAUUCAUGCAGUGACUAAAAACGAACCAUUGGCUGGUCAACCGCAGUGCCUUCAGAUUUCAUAGAAAACACUGUGUUUGAUUCUGCGAAAUACACCAGCAAUCAAAAUAUGAAUGUGUUUAUCACCGGGUACUGAUGGUAAUGAUGUUCACAAUAGUGCAAUAAACAACUUUGGAUGUUUGGUCAAAAUAGCCAUCUUGUGGAGUAUUUCAUUUGAAGGAAACAAUCAUGUAUGUUGUUUUCAUUGAAUCAAAUAAAGAUGAGAAUCCUUA